UCAAAGAAACGCACAACUGGAGAAGUCCAUUCAAUCUCACAGUCUCUUAACCAUGGGUCCUGUCUGCCUUUACUGGGACGUCUGUUUGUUUUUCCUCCUCAUAAAUACUUUCUAUGUCAUGGGAAAUGUUGAAGUCGCAGAGGCUGACGAGUGCUCAGAAGCCACUGACGACUGUCACAUCGACGCUCUGUGCCAGAACACUCCAAAGUCCUACAAGUGCAUCUGCAAGACUGGAUACAAGGGAGAUGGCAAGCACUGCGAAGAUAUGGAUGAGUGUGAAAACGACUACAAUGGAGGUUGUGUGCAUGACUGCAUUAACAUCCCUGGAAACUACAGGUGCACGUGCUAUGAUGGAUUCAUGCUCGCAGACGAUGGGCACAACUGCCUUGAUGUGGACGAGUGUCUGGACAACAACGGCGGUUGUCAGCAGAUAUGUGUGAACACUAUGGGCAGUUACGAGUGCCAGUGCAAAGAGGGCUUCUUCCUGAGUGACAACCAACACACCUGCAUCCAUCGCUCAGAUGAUGGGAUGAACUGUAUGAAUAAGGACCAUGGCUGUGCGCAUAUCUGCAGAGAGACUCCCAAAGGCGGGGUGGCGUGUGAGUGCCGCCCAGGAUUUGAGCUGGCAGAAAAUCAGCACGACUGCAAACUGACAUGUAACUAUGGAAAUGGUGGUUGCCAACACACGUGCGAUGACACAGACGUGGGGCCCGUAUGUGGAUGUCAUCAGAAAUAUGCCCUUCAUUCGGACAGCAAGACCUGCAUUGAGAAAGAUGAGGCUGCAAUUGAGAGCUCUGAAUUCAAUACCACGUCAGUAGCUGAUGUGGACAAGCGGGUGAAACGUCGUCUACUUAUGGAGACCUGUGCAGUGAAUAACGGUGGUUGUGAUCGCACUUGCAAAGACACGGCCACCGGGGUGCGCUGCAGCUGUCCGGUGGGCUUCACCCUGCAACCCGACGGCAAGACCUGCAAAGACAUUGAUGAGUGUUUGGAGAAUAACGGAGGUUGUGAUCAUUUCUGCCGGAACACGGUGGGAAGUUUUGAGUGCAGCUGUCAGAAAGGACACAAACUCCUCACCAAUGAGCGCACCUGUCAAGAUAUUGAUGAGUGCUCUUUCGAGAGGACGUGUGACCACAUAUGCAUCAACUACCCAGGCAGCUUCGAGUGUGUGUGUCACAAAGGCUACAGCCUCUAUGGACUAACACACUGUGGUGAUAUUGACGAGUGCAGUAUUAAUAACGGGAGCUGUGAACACGGAUGUGUGAAUACACAGGGCAGCUACGAGUGUGUGUGUCCCCCUGGACAAAAGCUCCACUGGAACAAGAAAGACUGUGUUGAGGCGGUAAAAUGCCGCCCGAAUGGGAAACCGGCACCUCGCGCUCAGCUCAGCUGCUCCAAGACAGGUGGAGGGGAAGUGUGUUCACUGUCCUGUCCGUCAAAUGCCCUUUUCCUGGCAGAUUCUGAAAACAGUUACACUUUAAGCUGUGGAGUGCCUGUCCAACCAGGUAAAGUCCCACCGAAGAGGAAUAUCACUACUUCCAGCAGUAGCUUCUUGCAAACCUGUACAGAGAUGCUGGCCCAGCCUAUAAAACAGAAAGCACGUUUUAAAAUCAAAGAUGCCAAGUGCCACCUGAGACCCCGAAACAAGGAGAAACACAGAGACAUGGGAAAGCAGAGCUUUCAGGCUGGUCAGUUUCCCUGCACCGAUGACUGUCAGGUAACAUUUGUGAAUCUGAAGUGUGACUCAUCCAAAAAGCGCCGACGUGGCCGUAAAUCUCCUUCCAAAGAAGUCUCCCACAUCACCGCAGAGUUUGAGAUGGAAAUUAAAGAAGAGGAGGCCUCAGAAUCAUGUAAUGUGGAUUGUGUGCGUGAGAAGACCAAACAGAAGCUGCAGAACGCAAUGCGCACGCUGAGGAAGUCGAUCAGUAAGCAACAGUUUUAUAUUCAGUUCUCCGGCACGGCGUAUGAGGUGGCCCAGCGUGCCGUGCGCCAGACGGAGGGAGAUGAGACCUGCAGUAUAGGACAGGUCCACACUGAGGGGAAGUGCGUCAGCUGCAGUGUGGGAACAUUCUACAGUGGAGAACAGGAGCAAUGUGUGAUUUGUGUGCCAGGAACCUAUCAGGACAGAGAGGGCCAGCUGUCCUGUGAGCCCUGCCCCAGCACAGAGGGACAGGGCAUCGCAGGGGCUAAAAACGUCUCAGAGUGCGGAGGCCAGUGCCCUGCUGGUCACUUCUCUGCUGAUGGUUUCCAUCCAUGCCAGCUCUGCCCGCUGGGCACCUUCCAGCCUGAGCCAGGUCGUGUGCUGUGCUUCCCCUGUGGAGGAGGACUCAUGACCCGACACACGGGCAGCAUGUCCUUCAGAGAUUGUGAAGCCAAAGUUCAUUGUGCUCCUGGACAUCAUUAUAAUGCCACCACUCAUCGUUGUGUCCGUUGUCCGGCUGGUACCUACCAGUCUGAGUUCGGACAGAACUACUGUAUCACCUGCCCUGGAAAUACUACAACAGAUUUCGAUGGAGCCACCAAUGUAUCUCACUGCAAAAAUCAGCUAUGUGGCGGUGAGCUGGGAGAUUUCAUGGGCUACAUUGAAUCUCCCAACUACCCCGGCGACUAUCCAUCUAAUGUGGACUGCGUCUGGACCAUCAACCCUCCAAACAAGAGACGCAUUCUCAUUGUGGUGCCAGAGAUCUUCCUACCCAUUGAGGAUGAGUGUGGGGAUGUUCUUGUCAUGAGGAAGAGUGCCCUGCCAACAUCCAUUACAACUUAUGAGACAUGCCAGACUUAUGAGCGCCCAAUCGCCUUUACUUCCCGCUCACGGAAGCUGUGGAUUCAGUUCAAGUCCAACGAGGGUAACAGCGGAAAGGGGUUUCAGGUUCCUUAUGUCACCUAUGAUGAGGACUACCAACAACUCAUAGAAGACAUUGUUCGAGAUGGUCGACUGUAUGCCUCAGAAAACCACCAGGAGAUAUUAAAAGAUAAGAAACUGAUUAAAGCUUUGUUUGAUGUGCUGGCUCACCCUCAUAACUACUUUAAAUACACCGUGCAGGAAUCAAAGGAGAUGUUCCCACGUUCCUUUAUUAAACUGCUACGCUCCAAAGUGUCCAGGUUUCUACGGCCAUACAAAUAGAAACCAGAACAAUUCUUUCACGACCCCUCCUCUAUCCCCAUCUCUCUUCCUCCUGUUCCACUGUUUCUUUCUUUUUUCUGCUAGGAAGUUCUCACUACUGCGGGAAGAGAAAGACGUUUGGCUUUCUUCCUGUGUCAAAUGUACUAUUUGCUUUUGUAUUCGUCCCUUUGUCCCGUUUUUGAUUUAUUGUCAUUUUAUUUUGUUUGCUAUUAUUUAUGUGCUUGAUUUUGCAAAAACCCUAUUUGGAUCUUUGAUAUUUACGGUAUAUAUUUGUAUAUGUAUGUAUGUAUAUAUAUAUGUGUGUGUGUGUGUGUGUGUGUGUGUGUGUGUGUGUGUGUGUGUGUGUGUGUGCUUAAAACAAUUGUGCAAGCUUAUGGCCUCAUACAGACACACACAGAUAUAUAUUCUUAUUUUGAAAAGGUUAUAUUCAUCCCCCUAAUGUGCACAAGAUUAGGAUUUAAAAAUCCUUGGUGCACUUAAAGUUUUCUUUUAAAACUGUUGGAGAAAGUUUCAAAGUUGGAGUCGCUUCAUAAACCUAUUCUGACCACAAAAUUAAACUCAAAGCUUGAUGAAAGCAAAAGAUAAAUGAGAAAAAAGAUAGAACAAGACAAAGACUACCUGUCAGUACAAACAUUAUGUGUACGUUGUUUAACUUGUAUUUGGAGCUUCAAUUGCACUUGAAUUUUAUAUUGUAAACUUUAGAGAAAUAGGAAAUAUAAGUUACAUUUUUCUUUAUGUUUUAUUGUUGUAUAGAGAUGUUUUACCUUGGUUGUAGAAACAAUAAGAUGUCCAAACUGCUCCCGACACAGAGCUUAGUUCUUCAAAAGAGAUAAAGAAAAAUAUUUGCAGCACUCUCUCUCUCCUUAUUAUAACAGUGUACACAAAUUUCACUUCACACACGUUGUCAUAAUAUUGUUUUUGGCUAUUUAAAGGUGAAGUGUGCAAAUUCUGUGCCACUAGUAUCACCAAACAAAAUUGCAAUCUAAUUUAACUUGUUUCAGCAGUCCUGACAACAUUAGCUCAACCAGUAGUGUGAGUUGGGGGCAGGACAGUGGAAGAUGGGGGAGUGUUUGAAAACUAGUUUGAACUAGUCAUUAUUUUUGCAGUUCAGUUUGGUGCCGCUAGUUUUAAUAUCAGAAAAGUGUUGACAUUAAAGUGCCAUCUUGUUAGACAUGCUGGUUUCAUGGGGCUUGUAGCUCCUUUUCAGCUUGUAAUUCUUUGACAAAUAUUGGUAUAUAUUGACACUUGUGGUACAGUAAUGUUACAAUGAUUUCUUGUUGAUAACCCUUCAUUUAGUUGUGUUAGCUCAAAGUGUAUUUUGGUCAGAGAGGACGUGAUGCAAAUCUUGUCAUCAGCAGAGUGCUCGAGCACUGAACACGCGCAGCUCGAUUUUUAACCGUGCAUCUUUGAAAAUGCAGAAUGCGCAUGCACUAAUUAGUGGGUCCACAAGAUGGCAACACCUUUGAGCUGUUACUGUCACGAAGAAGUGCUAGAAGAUGUAAUCGGCGGUAAUUAUCAGGAGAUUAAAAUAAAAAUAGCAACAGUGGAUGUGCACAUCAAGAGUGUAUAUGUGAGGAGGUCAGGCGAUACUUGCAUUUGUAUAACUUGAGUCUAAAUGAAAUAAAGGCAACAUUAUGGGUCUAAACUCUUGAAGAGAAAUAGUUUGGUGUCUCACAGCAGUCGUAGUGCGCAUGCGCCAACCACCGUGUAAGUCAUAUGGAUUAUACUUUGACAGGCUUGCGUUCGACUAUACGCAGAUGCUGCGCGUUUGCGUCAAAUCUGAAAUAUACUUUGGGCUGUCGAUGGAGUUUUGGGAGAUUGUAAAUACGAUGAUUUUGGCAAGUUUUACCUUUUUUCUUUAAGAUAGUUGUGCAGUCAUUCAUGAAAGUGGUGAGGAGAUUGUUUCAGAACAAUAGAGAGGCUGAUUUUGGAAUAAAGAGUCAUAUUUUGGCUUAUUACAUAUCUAUGACAUAGUAAUUACCUAACACCUUUGUGCUGUGCACAAAGACUCAUAUUUUGUACUUGUUGUUGGACUGUGGAAGACGAAUGGAGGCUGUUUGUUAAGAAGAACUGAUUACAUACCAAUAGUAUGUGAAUAAUGAUUGUUGUAAAAACUUUAUAUAUAAUUUAAUUUCAUCUGAAUCAUGAAUAACCAGGAUGCAUUAGCAGUAUAAUCCAUACUGAGGUUUUUAGAGCUGUGUGUGUGUGUGUCUAAUUUAAUUUCUAUCAUAGUUCUGUUUAAUAUUGCCUCUUUGAUUUGUGAGAACUAAUGUAGUGAACUCUUUGCAAACUUGUGCAUCUGUGAGACAAAACUCUACUACAGUCUUUUGAGAAGAUAAAAGAACAGCCCCAAGCAGUAAAGCUCUCUCUCUCUCUCUCUCUCUCUCUCUCUCUCUCACACACACACACACACACACACACACACACAAACACA